CCGUUGAAAAAGAGGAGUUCAGUGGCUCGGAAAGCAAAACAACUCAAACAGGCUGAGAGCCGCUGAGCGACGCAAGGCACCACGGCGGCCACGGCACACGUGACACAUCCUCCACCCCUGCUCUGACUGCUCUCCCUGCUCCUCACUGUUCAGUUUAGCCCUUGUGUCACGGUCAGGUGAUCGUGUACCGUCAGCACUACCUCCCUUACACACACGGCACCAUUGUAUAGGUGGACAUCUGCCGCCGUGAUUUACAUCAUCGCUGUGCCUGUGUGGUGUGGUGACUGGAUUUGGGAGCUGCAAGUGACAGCGCGAAGAGGAGAGGAGGACUAGGGAGCGGAACAGGCCACUCCCCUUUUCGUGUGAAAGAAAGGUGCAAUUUUCAACAUCACCCAUCAGACUUAACAGCAUUCACCAUGGAUCUGUUACAAUCCAUGUGCCAUGCGAUGAGUAUGGAGCAAAAGGAAGCUGCAUUACUUGAAGAGCUUGAAGAAGAAAUAGCUCUUUUCGACCUUCAUGGUAAUGGUGAUAUUAUUUAUCAAGAUAAUUCUGAAGGAUCUGUAUCACCAAGCUCUGAAGAAAAUGAGGAGCCUGUCAAGGAGCAGCAAGAGGGCUACAAAGAGAUUGCCUUGUCACCCGAGGGCAUUGCAUUCUUCAAAGAUGACAUAUUUACCCUAUACACAGAAGAUACUCUUGUGUGGCCAAGGCAAAAUUUAUGUGACUCCUUUUUGUUUCUCCUUGAUGGAAGUAUUGUGAAUAAAUUUAUCAAGAAUCAACACUUCAUGAGAGAGAUUAGUUCCACCAGUGUGCUUGCCAAGUAUCUGCUUCACCUGAUGUGCUGCACUGCCAAUGUGAGAAUGCGCCACACAGCCUGGAACAACCUCCUCUACCUCCUCACCACCUGCAACUCCAUGCCCUACAUGAAGAAUGAACUCUGUCUGGCACUGCUCAACCUGGGUGGUGACAUGAGCCAUCUGCAAGAGGACAUGCUGCAUUAUAAGUCUGAAAUCAUUCCUCCACCCUCUUGUGCUUUCCCCAAGGCUGAGGCCCCACAGAUGACAGACUCACAGCUUCAGGAUGUGCUAGUGCUGCUUCUGCGAUUCCUGAGUCGGUGGUUGGUAAGUUACAAGAACUACACUGCCAAGGAUGUAGAUGACCUGCUCCUCAUCUUCCUCCUCAUUGGUUUAGAUCCCAAGGUCAUUGACAGUAAUCUGGAACCCCACAUUGCUGCCUGCAUCACACACACUCUCAACUUGUACUCUUCAGACCAAGAGUUUUCCCAGAGAAUGAGAAACGGAGUGGAGUUUGUCCUUGAAUACUGUGAUGAUGACUUGCCCUCCAUUCUGCACCUCUGUCAAGCUUACCUUUCCCCCACUGGCCGGACCAGGAAGCUGUGUGGUGUCAUUGCCUUCCACCAGGUGUGCCGGCACCUCAAAUUGUUCAAUUUCAGUUUUGUGGAUGAUGUGCAGUCUGCACUCUUCCAGGUAAAGGACAUAGCAGACAUCCUCACAAGUUACUUCCAGGUCAACCCACCGGUGAGCAAUGCCUAUGACUCGUACUACAUUAUCAAGCUGGUGGAUUUCUCACUUCACCUUGACGUCAUUCAGAGAGACCAGAUGGACAACCUGAAGACAAUCUGUGACCUGGCUGAGCAGAAAUUUGAUAGGUCGCAGGGAGGCCCCGAUGACUUAAACCCAACCAUCUCCUUCCAACACUUGGCAACUACACUGUCCAAGUGGAAGAAACACUAUGACAGGCUGGAUGGUCUUGACUCCACAAAUCCAUCAGUGCCUUGCAGUCCUCUUGAUUGUAGCUGAGUGACAGUGGAACAUGGUGUGGUACACUUCUGUGGUGCAGUACAGCUACUUUCAGAAAGCUGCAGGUGAAGCUUCUGAAUAUGGGUAAAUGUCAUGUGGCGAGCAGUCAUGGAUGGUGAAAACUGUAUUUGAAAAGUCACUUGGCACUGACACUGAGGAAGCUUGUAGAUAUUUCUCCAAAACAUAUUGUUAUGAACCGCUGCCCACACAGCAACAGGGACACCCACCCAGCAACCACAGGGCAAGGCACCCAAGGUCCUUACUUCAGCUUCUAAUGCCACAACUGUAACUCACUCUCAGCGGCAAAAACCAGGACAGCAUUCAGAACAGGGGCGGCACAAGAUAACGUUGAUGAGAGUCUGUGACUAGUGAGGGAAGCGAGGCACACAACUCACAAGACUCAGGCAGACUGACUCAAACAGGCAGGACUGGCAGGAAACACUUGGUACAGCUUCUUACGUUUACUUGGGUAGUAACACAGUACAAUUAGGUAAUACAGGGUAUUACACAGGGCGAGUGUGGAGACGGAAAACGAGAGCAGGGAACAGAGCGGGGGCAGAGACUAACUAACUCGCACUAGGCUGGGGUAGCUUAAAUACUCUGCCACCCCCUCUGCAAUGUUGCCAUUGGCCCACAUCCAAGCCAAUCACCGUUGGUGUAUCCACAUAUGCAUACAUCCGGUCCCCACUUCUUGUCUCUC